AUGGCUGACACUUUCUACGGCUGGACGCCACCAGAUGUAGAUGCUGCACUGUUCAACGACUCAAACUGUGGCAUCGCUGCACAAUGGCUGUCCGCUGUUAUCAACUCGCGCUACAACGACACCGACCUGAGCGACCCGCCACUUAUGGCCACGUACCAAUACAUCACAGCGUUGGUUCCGAGCGGCGGCGAGCUGCCGACCUUUGGGCAGGUGGCCCAGUGGCUCGCUGUCGGUUCGGAUAAUUCGACUCUGUACGAAGCCAUGGUGCAGUUCCCCUACGGCUACUGUCCCGCAGAAAUGUGUGAGAAGCUCGUGUGGGAUGGCGAUGGCGACCUGGCGGGUGUUGGCGUCUUGGUGGUCUACUACUUGGCGGCGAUGUUUUCCACCCUGUACUUUGUCUUGAUUUCGUCGGACCAGUUUGAGCCAUUCCGGGCGCUCGAGUACCACCACCGGCGCUGGAACUGGAUCGUCGCCGCGUUUCACGAGACCGUGCAAGCGUUCCUCGACACUGGCCUCAUCUUUAGCAUCGCGAUGCUGAUAGCCAGCGUCUACCGGCACGGCUCGUCCCGCAUGCACCCGGACAAGUCCCACUCCAUCUACCAGCUCACCAACGCGACAUACAUUGGUAUUUUCUCCAUUUUCCCGCCGGUGCUGCUGCAGAUUGUGUCGCCCAACCGGCGUCGGCGCCGCAUCCGCGCGUUUCUGUGGCUUGUCGCCAUCGUUUUGGCUGUCGUCCUCACGGCGCUCUACUACAGCCUGGAAACGAAUGCGGACAAGGUCCUGAACCUGCUCGACCGCGAAUCGGCCGUAUCGGACUUUAUUUGGGAGCUCAACUGCGAGCCGCUGGACCUGCGGCAAGGCCUGGACGAUGCCUUGAUCACGGCCCUCGUCAUUCUGAUUGUCAACUUCCUGCCCUGGGCCUACCACAUCUUUGUGCCCCGCACGGUGCGCCACAGCAUCCGCGACCGCUCUUGCAUCGGCCGCCUCAACACGACCAAGCCGGGCCGCCACGGCCGCGACUGGUGGAAGUACGUGUUGACGAUUGUGCGCACAACGGACGGCGCCAUCUGCUGCUCGAUGAUGUGGGCGCUGUUGGGCCUCUUCACCAAGUACCGGAGCGUGGUGCUCAGCGUCAUGGGCCCCGAGAACGCCAACACGGAGUGGAGCUUCGCACAGGUCUUUGCACUGGCGACGUGGGUGCCGGUGGCGAUUGACCUGUGCACAAUCUACAUUUAUGGCGCCAAGGAGGGCCUCGAGGGCAAGGUGUCGGAAAACUUCAAGGUGGUUGCGAACGACAACAACGACCGCAAGAGCUCGAACGGCGGCGGCGGCGGCGGCAUCGAUGGGCCCAACGACGUCGACUACAGCAACCUGGACCCGUAUCAGAUCGUGCCGGCGCAGACCAAAAGUGCUGCGACCAGCCACUACGACGCGGUCAGCAACGACACGCAGAUGCAGUAUGUUGGGUCGGGCGGCCAGUUUGCCGACGGCCAGUACAACAAUGGGGUGUUUAGUAGCAACGACAACAGCAACAACAGCAACAACAGCAACAACACGGUGCCGUACGGCGGCAACAUGAGCUACGACACCACACACUAUGGUGCCGGCGGUGCGGGCAACGUCGUCGGGCAGUUCGCCCCGCAGCAGUACGCGCCACAGCAGUUCGCGCCGCAGUACGACCAGAGCAUGACCAAGGAACCCAUGGAAGAGGUUCAGCUGAUGGGGCAGUAUGUGCAGCCGAUGCAGGCAGGGCAGCCAGUCCAGCAGGUGCAGCAAGUGCAUCAAGUGCAGCAGGUGCAACCAGAGCAGUACCGCAGCAACACUGUGAGCUCGGUGCAGACGCACGGCAGUGGGCAGAGCACCCAGCCGGUGACGUAUGAGUACAUGCCCCAGGACCCGGCAGCGAUGCACGGCGGCGUGCAGCAGUAG